AUGGCUACUACCAUAUCACCACCACCAUCCAAUUAUGCUUCCAAAUCUAAUACCACCAUCAACGAUCUCUUCGACGAUUCACUCAUCGAAAUCUUUUGCAGACUCCCUUGCAAAUCCCUUUACAUAUGCAAGAGCGUUUCAAAGCGUUGGUUUGCACAUGUCUCCGAUCCCAACUUCCUUUCCCUAUUCCUCACUUACCAAAAUAGCCUCUUCCAAAACUUGCAGGACCAAGGAGAAGAGCUCGAUCAACAAAGCUUCAUCCUACAACCAUACAAUGCACUCGUGAUAACACCAAAUGUACCAUCUUUACAACUUGGGCAUCUCGAAAAACAACUAUGUUUGAGUUUCCCAGGCUCAGAUUUCGAACCCACUAACGUUAAUCCACAACUAAGGUCUGUCUUGAAGUUCGUUUUCGGUUGUUCUAACGGUUUACUCUUGUGUGGAAACCCACGUCCACGUCGAAAAUGCAUUUACCAUGUUUGCAACCCCCUCACUAGGGACACGUUGGAGCUUCCUUGUGUUCAUUCUGAGGCUCUUGUGGGUUUCAUAUGUGACCCUUAUUACCAUCUUGAACUAGAGGGAGUCUCUAUUGUUGCUUCUCAACGCAGGUUCAGGGUGGUGUGCAUCCCCGUUUUCAGUGACACGAGAUUUUCCUUCAAUGUUGAUGUUUUCUCUUCAGAGAAAGGGGAAUGGAACCGGUUUGUUGUGUCGUGUCCAAAGGGUUUCGCUUGUGGGUUUUCUCCCACGGCAUCGAGCGUUGAACAUGAUGGGAAAUUGUACUUCACGGGUGUUGGAAGGGUCCUUGUGUAUGAACCUUACAACAAUAAUGAACACGUUGCUUCUGUGAUUGAUCAUCCUAGUGACUUUGGUGAAGCAUACAGAGGGUGCCUUGGAGUUUCCUGUGGGAGUUUGCUGUUAUCUGAGUUCCCUACAAACAUGCGUAGAUAUAGUGGGAGAGUUUGGGAAUUGCAGUACAGUGAUUGUGGGAAAGGAGAAGCUUCAACAACAUGGAGGUUGGUGCAUGAGUUUUAUCUACCUGAUAUAGUUGGGCCAAUGUUUGAAGAGUUGAAAGGUGGAGAGAGAGAAUAUGUAGGUGGAUACAGUAGAAUUCUGGCUUUCCAUCCAUAUGUUAAGGGUACUGUGUUUUUCAAGUUCAGUGAUCAUAUCCUUUGUUGCAAUCUGUUAACUCAUGGGUUCAAUGCAGCCAAAUAUGGUGGUCUCUCCUUGGCUUUUUAUCCGGUAAUCCCAUUUGUGCUACCUUGGUGGCCAACUCCAAUUCCUUCCCUACCUAUUGUGGAUACUAGUGUUGGCAAAAUUGCCGGUCCGGCCCCCCGCCCCCUGCCCUCCACCCCCACCACCCCUUGGCAAACAAAUAAGAAAGCAAGUGACAUGUAA